AUGGUCAGCGAAACAUUGCCUCCAGCCGACAUCAAAGGCUACAUAGAGAAGACAGCAGAGUUUGCGGCAAAGUUUGGAGAGAGCUUCGAGAAGAAGGUUAAGGAUAAGGAGAAGAAUAACCCAAAGUUUAGCUUUCUUAAUGCGGACGAUCAAUUUCAUCAGUAUUACUUGCAACGUAUAGCUGCUGCGAAGGAGAAGCAUGCAGCGGCAGCAGCAGCAGCAACAGCAGCAGCACAACCACCUCCUCAAGCACAAGCAGAUACACCAUCAAAGACAGAUGCAGCAUCACAGCAACCAACAACAGCGACACCACCCACGGCUGAUGCCCUCGACAAGUCGAUACAAUCACCGCCACCAGCAGCUGCGGCAGCAGCCCCACCACCCCCACCUCCAGAGCCAGAGAAGCCCAAGCGUGUAGUCACUGAGCCUCUACCACUGCUCUUUGUUCUAGAUAUACCAGAGGAGAUCUCUGCACUUGACUUGGAUACAAUGAGACUGACAGCACAGUUUGUUGCAUUGAAUGGCGAAUCAUUCCAACAAGGUCUGGCGAGUAGGGAGUCCAAGAACCCGCAGUUUGAGUUCCUUAAGCCGACACAUCACCUGCAUGAGUGGUACAGAGCAUUGACAGACUCGUAUGCUGUGGUGGUCUUCCCACCCAGGUUGAUCAAAGAGACGCUAAAGAUGCCAGACUAUCAAGAUAAGAACGCUAUAUUGGAUCGUGCGAUAAACAGGUUCGAAUGGAAUCAGCAGGAGCAGAUCGCCAAGAAGAAGGCCGACGAGGACGCUGAGGAGGAGCGCGCACUCAUUGCAUCAAUCGACUGGCAUGACUUUGUCGUUGUGGACACGAUCGAUUUUGCUGACGACGACCUGUCGACGCUGCCGCCGCCCAAAACAUUCGAGCAGCUGCUCAAGUUCCACGAGGAAGAGGAGGCGGCCGAGAAGAGCAGGGAGAACGACAUGGAGGUGGAGAUGGACACAGAGAUGGACAUGGACAUGGAGCCCGUCAAGGAGCCCAAGCUCAAGGUCGUCAAGGACUACACCAAGACCACCAAGCCAAUGGCUCAGACCAAGAAGAUCACACAAGUCUGUCCAAUGUGCAAGCAAGAGAUACCAUUGGAUCAGAUGGAGGAGCAUAUGAGGAUCGAGCUGAUGAACAAGAACGCGACCAAGAGGGAUGCGCCUCAGGUGGCCAUGUCGACGUUGGCCCAGGACGACGAGAUUGCAAGGAACUUGCAGGCAUUUGCAAACAGAAGAACGGAUAUCUUUGGAGACGAAGAAGUGGAGAUUGGAAAGUCACUCAGACCCGAGGAGGAGCAGGCCGCAGCCGGUGAGCGAGUCGUCUGGGACGGACACAGUGGCAGUAUUCCAAGGACGCAGACAGCGGCACUUGCCGCACACGACAAGUUGGUUCAGGAGCGAGAGAGAGCGGCACAGGAGCGAGAGAGGGCGCUACAGGACAGAGGCAGGCCAAUGCAUGGCAUGCUUCCACCACCUGGCUACCAACACGGCAUGAUGCCCAACAACUAUGUGAUGCCAGGUAUGAUGCCUUUCAUGCAAGGUGGUGCAAUGCCACCACCAUUCAUGCCUGGUAUGAUGCCACCGCCUCCAAUGCCUCCAUCGAUGGGCAACCCUUCAGAACAACAUGCUGAGCAGCCACUAAAGAAGCAAAAGGUUGAAGACCUACUCAUACCCGAGGAAGAGUUCAUUCAGAACAAUCCAGGGCCCAUCAUACUCACAAUUGAGGCCACUCAAUCAGAAGGAAAUGUACAAACUCUGUCAAUUACUCUACAACACAAGGAUACAAUAUCGACACUCAAAGAGAAGGUCAAGGAAACAAUUGGUAUCGCACCAAACAAACAGAAGCUUAAGGCACCUGGUCUGUCCAUUCUAAAGGAUCAGAACACGAUAGCGUACUACAAUCUAAAGACUGGAACGACGAUAUCACUCGGACUGAAAGAGAGAGGUGGCAGGAAGAAAUAA